AUGCCCGUGUGCGCAUCCAACAGGGCUGUAUGUGCCCAGCGUGGUCACCUCCUUUGUCGUUGCAAUGCUGUGGGAUAUACCGCUGAUCCCAGAGCUAGCUCGGUCCACGUUACAACACAGUUUGAAGCGUUUGUCAGCGCAACGGAUCGUGUUGGUUGCAAGAUUGCAACGUCGAGCAACCCGGAGGGUCUUUCCUGGCGGCUCUCAUUGGUAGCCUUUUUCCGAUCACUGUUGUUGGAAGUUGAUCCCCUGCCUGUUCAGGGUGUAUAUCUGGGGAUAUGUAGAGAUAACCCAAUGGAUAUAAAUCCUCUUUGCUGUCGCCUCCGGGUUCAAUCCACUUCUUCCCACCUCGCCAUUCACUCCCUGCUCUCAACUCAAACACGCUACAUCUUGCUUGAUCAAACCACCAACAUGGGAGACGCCCGAGAUCUCACCAGCCCCAGCGGCCACCCCCCUCUCACCUCCCCUGAGAAGCCCGUCCUUCUCUUCAUGACCCUAAACGCCUCAGGCCAUACCGCCGGCGCGGCCCAGAUAGCAAAGCACCUCCACUUUAACCGUGGCUACAAAGACAUCUACUUCAUCACCGGGCCCCGCUUCCAAACCCUCAUCGAGAGUACCGGCGCAAAAUACAUCAAAAACCCCUUCGAGUACGACGUCCCCAAAGUCCAAGAAGGCUCCACCGAAGGCGAGGCCUUUUUCGAAGGAAUGAAAGCCGUGUUUGGGGAGUCCAUCGUCCCGUCGUAUCACGUUCUGAGGAAGACACUCGAGGACAUCCGCGUCGCUCAUCCUGAGCCACGGAAGAUUCUGUUCGUCCACGAGGCGUUGUCUCAGGGUUUGCUGCCGUAUCAAUACGGCUGCCCCUUACCCAAGGGUUACACCUCCCUCCCCAAGACCAUAAACUGGCACACGAGCAUCUACACCAGCUCCGACCCCGAUUUUCCUCCCUUUGGUCUUGGUCUGAAGUACGACCCCACCCCUGAAAACAAGGCAGUCUGGAAGACCAUGCACGCAGGAGGCAAGACAAUGUGGAAGCCACUGAUUGAGCACUACGAUCAAAAACUCCAAGAGCUGGGGUCCACCAAAAGGUUCACCGACCUGCCGCUUGAUGUGGCCAUGACCGGCGGGGACGUCACCGUCAUGGCCACCACCGCCUCGCUCGAAUACCCAAACGUGACCAAGGACCCCAAAAAAUUCCGUCUUGUCGGUGGGUUGCCCGUCAGGGCGCUGGACAAGAACCUCGUAUACCCUCCUUGGUGGGAGGAACUCACGCUCAACAGCGCCCUUUCCGACUCCGACCCGGCAAAGAAAAAGGUCGUCUUCGUUACCCAGGGUACCAUCCACCGCGCCUACCACGAGCUGAUGAUCCCGGUCAUUCAGGCAAUGGCUGACAGGGAGGAUGUCUUGGUGGUUGCUACCCUGGGAGAAAAGGGGGAGCCGAAUCCCCUACCAGAAGAGGAAACACCCAGGAAUGUCAGAAUGGUGGAUUACUUCCCUUAUGAGGCCAUCCUUCCCCAUACAGAUGUCUUUGUCUCCAACGCUGGUUACGGCGGGUUCAUGCACGGAAUCAUGAACGGGGUGCCGAUGGUGCUGGCGGGGUUGAUCGCCGACAAGGGGGACGUUUGCCAGCGGGCGGCGAGGGCGGGGGUGGCGGUUGAUUUGGGGGUGUCCAACCCGUCGGUGGAGCAAGUCAAGGAGGGUAUUGACACGGUGUUGGGGGAUGAAAAGUAUAGACAGAGAGUGAAGGAGAUUGAAGAGGAGAACGUCAAGGCGGAUUCCCUGGGGCAGAUUGAAAGUAUUAUUGAGGAGCUGCUGAGCCAUGAGUAA